ACCUGAAUACUUUUAGUAGUUUUAUCUCUACCACCUAUUUUUCAUUCAUGAAUCCCCGAUUUAUGAGUGACUUGUUUAUGCAGAAUAGCUGAUGUAUUGACACCCUGUAUAUUACGUUUUACCUAGUUUGACAACGCCGGAACUUUCAUUUGUUUGCAUGUAGUAAUUGAUGUAGCUUGAUAAUUUUUAAGCGACCAUCCAAUGUUAUAUCCUGGUCAUUGGUUAAUUAGAGCAAACGCGUUAAUUGGCCAACUUAAAAUUCUGGGUGGGAUCAAUUCGCUCGAUCGAAGGUUUUGGUCCGGUUGAUACAUUCCAGAUACACAGAAAAGUCCCGAAUCCCAUCACCGAGCCGGUUGCAUCCGAUGGGAAUAACCGGACCAGAUCGACCGAUGGAAUUUCCUGAGCAGACGGAUCAGCCUGUGGUCUGUGCGCAUUCAUCUGGGUCGAUUGCAUAAUUACAUGGGUUUUAUGUCGAGGACGGCGAAAAGAACCCAACGGAUUGCGUGAAUCAGCUCGCGUACAUUCCCAACCAUCAACCAUCAAAUCAGUUGAAUGGUUUGCCUGCCGGCACUGCGAAGAAUGAAAACCGCUGGCGCAACUGGCCACCUCCCAAGGGGUUUCCUCGAAACGCAGUCGAUCGCGUCUACUCAUGGAAUUCACGUGCCCCCACCCCUAUGCGCAGUCUGCCACAUAUAAAAGCGCCUGUCAGAAUAUCGCAAACUUCAUUAUUUACGUUCGAGGAGUCCCUGUUGUCUCUGUCAAGUUCAAACGCGCUGUUUCGCAAAGUUGAGCAACGGUGAAUCGGUGAAAGUAGUCGAUCAGUGAAGCAAAUUUUGCUGUUUGAGUGCAAGCUGGGUUACAAGUCGCUUAGGAUUACCGCUAUUAAUAAAAUGUGCGUCGACAAGCCACAGGAAAAGUGCAAAAUGAUCAACAGAAUUACUUUGGGUCAGACGUUGAGGACGGCCCUUACCAAGGCGAAGGCAGGUGGGCGGCUGGUGUGCGGUCUUUUCCCCGCCAUCGCCCACCUGGAAAACACCCCCGAUGAGGUGGUUCUGUGCGUCUUGCCUACCACCAGGCCCGGAGACGCCGCCACCCACAUCCAAGCCGUCCUUUUACAAGCUUUUUGCUACGAGAACUGCAUCCCCGUCAUCCAGGUGGAUUCGAGUGAAAAACUAGCAAACUACUGUGGGGUGGCUACCAGCGCCAAGGAUGCGUCGCACUGCAAUUGCGCCAUUAUUACGCGAGAUAUCACGCUGCCCAUAACCGAUGAUUACGUGCUCCCCAUGACAGAUAAUGAGCAGUUUCUAACAGCCUUCUACGAGUGCACGUUGGAAGAGUGCCCGCGCCCCAUCAUCAAAUUGCCGAUCUGACGCAGGGGCGCCCGAAGGAGCAAACCUGCCGGACGUGUGGGUUACUCCGCGUAUGCAAAACGGCAAUAAAUAUUGGCAGCCCCUGGGGGCGCCGGUUGUACAUUUUGAAGCGCUGCUGCUGCGCAGUCAGACCCCCUAAGGUGGGGGUGGUUGGCUCAUGGAAACUACCCUCUAGCCUUGGGGGCAUCGGGAGUUGUAAUAUUUUUGAAAAAGAGAAAAGCUGAAAGAUGCAUUGUAGUUGUAGAUGUAGGGACAGUUGGGAUUUGUUUGUUUUUGUCCCGUUUAACUGUAAGAAAGUAGGUUAGGCUGCUUGAACGCAGAUCUUGUAACGAUGCAAUAUUGUCUUUUUGAAAUUGCAAGUGAAUUUUAAUUGCGGAAUAAAGAUUUUGAGAAUUCGA